ACCACUCAGUACAUAACACCACAGCAUAGAGAGAACACCAUCAUUUCACAAUAAACCAACAAUUAGAAACUAUAUAUAACAUAAUAUAUAAGAAUAUUAUUAGUGGAGGGGUAGCGGGAAGAGUUCAUUCAUAACUGUGGUGUGGGUCAGUUGGUGCUCCUGGCCAUCACUAGUGCUAUCAAGAUGGCUACUAGUGGAAAGGCUCGGAACGGACAGCCAAAAAAUAUCUCAUCAUUAAUCUCACGGUUGCACGGUGCCUUUACAGAUGCUAUGGCUCCACCGAAAUUAGUAAUAGAAAGACGAACUUUAGAAAAGACGUGGAAAUUAAUGGAUAAAGUGGUAAAGCAGUGUCAGCAAUCUAAAAUGAACUUGAAAAACUCCCCUCCAUUCAUUCUGGACAUUUUACCGGACACCUACCAACAUCUCAGACUUAUCUACACUAAAUAUGAGAAUAACCUUGCUGCUCUUAAUAGUAAUGAGUAUUUCAAGGUGUUUGUGGAGAACAUGAUGAGAAAGUGUAAACAAGCUCUGCUGCUCUUUAAAGAAGGAAAAGAGCUAAUGUUCGAUGAAAGCUCUCACUGCCGCCGCAACCUCACAAAACUCUCACUCGUGUUUUCACAUAUGCUGUCAGAGCUCAAAGCCACAUUUCCUCAGGGUUCCUUCGCAGGGGACCAAUUUCGGAUUACAAAAGGAGAUGCCGCGGACUUUUGGAAGAAAUGUUUUGGUGAUAGAACGGUAGUGCCGUGGAGAUACUUUAGAGACACCUUGAGUGAAGUACAUCCAAUUGGCUCAGGGCUUGAAGCCAUGGCUCUAAAAUCCACCAUAGACCUGACCUGCAAUGACUACAUUUCCAGUUUUGAGUUUGACGUUUUCACAAGAUUAUUCCAGCCUUGGCCCACGUUGUUGCGAAAUUGGCAAAUACUUGCAGUCACUCACCCUGGUUAUGUAGCCUUCCUCACAUACGAUGAAGUUAAAGCAAGAUUACAAAAAUAUAUAAACAAACCUGGAAGUUAUGUGUUCCGGCUAUCAUGUACACGGCUUGGUCAGUGGGCGAUUGGCUACGUGACCAGUGAUGGCAGCAUCCUACAGACCAUUCCUCAAAAUAAAUCACUCUGUCAGGCCCUCCUAGAUGGACACAGAGAAGGAUUUUAUUUAUAUCCUGAUGGUCGAAAUAUCAAUCCAGAUUUAGCCUGGGUCGUACAAGCCACUCCAGAGGACCAUAUAAAGGUAACCCAAGAACAGUAUGAACUAUACUGUGAAAUGGGCUCCACAUUCCAACUGUGUAAAAUUUGUGCGGAAAAUGACAAGGACAUCAGAAUAGAACCUUGCGGCCACCUCCUUUGUACACCAUGUUUGACUUUAUGGCAGGACUCUGAAGGUCAGGGAUGUCCGUUUUGCCGAGCCGAGAUCAAAGGGACAGAAACAAUCAUUGUGGACCCGUUUGACCCUCAUAAGCAGCACCGCACGCAGUCUCUACCUAGUGGUCAACUGAUUGAUAUGGAGGAGGAGGAUGAGGCCUCUGGGAAAGAUGAGAGUCACCCUCCAAAUGCUGCAGAAGCCCAAGGACAAGAAGACAAUAAGCAGACCCAUAGGAAUGGCAAGCCCCGGUGCCCCUCACCCAUCAAACAUGACAAAGGGCUUGGUGAAGGUGUUAAGACCAACAUGGGUUCAGACACAUGCAGUGCGUUGCAUCUUCAUGUUGCAGGGAAUGUGUUGAAAAUACCAAAAGCUGAUGGUUUAUCUAUGUUAGAGGAAGAAGGCUCAACUGGCAGACAGCCACGCAAGGAAGACAGGGGCAUCGCAGUCAACGUGCCUCCACGGCCAACCAAAGCAAUCACGGGUUUGGAUUUAAAUCCGAUUCUUAGGCGUACAGCUGAACCUAACAUCCCCUUGCUGCAUAAGAAAUCGGGCCAAGUAUCCGAUCUUGAAUUACACUUAUAUGUCUGGAAUGAAUUAUUGUCUGCACCUCCCUUGCCAAGCCGAGCCCCUCUAGGAAUGGGGAGUGAUUUAAGGGCCACGUCCUCUGUCCCCGACACACUAUCUGCGAGCACGGGACAUAAUGUCCACAGACAGCCUAAGAGAGCUCUGUCUGACAACAAAAGGUUUAACAAUUCUGGUGGAUCGUCCGUAGUAAGUAGAACAUUAUCACUUUCUGGACCCGACAUAGUUAUGGGGCCACCCGUACCUUGUAGACCAUCGUCGGCAGGAUAUGAUGCAUCUCAUCCACCAGCUGUGCCCAUAAGACCAAGUUCCCAGGUUCAAAGUAACCUCAAAAUGCCAUCAAAUAUAAGGUGGCAGUCGUCGUCACAAACAAAACAUUGUAACUCGAUUAGCAAGAGACGUUCAUUGGAAGGUAUGCCUGAAACUAGACUUAAACAAAAGCUUCACAAUGCUAAUUCACUUGAAGAAAUACAUGUCUCUUUCCCAAGUCUUCAUGGCGAUCCCAAAGACAAUGAAAAUAGUCCACCUUCCUCUACUCUAUGUGAUCCUUAUGACAGACAAGACAAAAAUUGGUGUUUAAAAACUAUUGCACCAGCGAAUCCAACUGGGAUUGGUCUUCCGAGGAGAGGCCAGUGGAAUAUGCGUGUAGAGAGCCCCCUGGCGCGGAUCCCAGCCAACGAGAAUUCGUUACCUCCACCAAUUCCUCCAAUACCUCUUAACAUACAGAAGGAGUUUUCCAAGAGUCACAUAACAACUCAUAAUGAUAAACAUGGGGAAAAGAAUCAGGUAUCAGUUAUUCUUAAUGAUCUAGAAGGGGUAGUCUGUAAAGAUUCUUAUACUAAGGUAGUGACUGAUGGUCCAAUGGAAUUUUUAUCAGAGGAAAAAGAAAACAAGAGAGUAUUCUCAGGAACAGCAAGCACGUAUGACCGCCCGGAUUGUCCAACAAAGAGAUUUUCGGCAACAGAAGACCACAACAAAAAAACUGAAUCUAUAAAAUGGCCAAAGUCCAGUUUUAAUGAUACUAUGAUUAAUUUUCUGGACGAGAACAUCCGCGAGGGCCGAGCUUGUUACAGGAGCAACCCGGCCUAUGACCUGGUGUUUCCCUCACAACUACGACCUCCAAUACCAAAGAGAACCAACAACUUAAACCACCACUGUGACCACGAUGUAAAAGGUGCUCUAUCCUCUGAUGGCUUGAGUUCAGAAGUUCUUUCCUCGUCUUAUGACAGCGAAGAACAUUACCUCACCAUGGACAACGGGGCCAGGCCUAAGAGAUCAUCAAGCAUUUCUACCGCUGUGUCUGCUCAGCCAGUGUACACAAGCUUCUCCACAAAACUCCAUAGGGACUCUCGUAGUUUGGGAACUGUCAGGGUUAAUACAUCGCACUCCCAGGAUGUGACUACAGACGGUUCACAAAGCCUGGAGAAAUCUGCUGUCUGCUUACAGAGCGAAGAUGAGUGUUCUGGCCAGUCACAGAGUACUGGUAUGUUUGCUGACACACCCAACGUCGACAAUCAAUCACAGGCGCUGAAAUCAUGUUCUGUUUCUGAUGAAGACAAAUGGACGCCAGAAUCAUAUGAGAAGGGGUCGAGGAGUCCGCUUAUGUCUCCAGGAGCCUCGCCAAGAGUGUGUCGCAGAGAUGACGUCAUCCCUCCGCCCCCAGUCCCGCCCAGGAAAGCUAGCCCCGCCCCCAGCCCGCCCUCGACACCAGCCACCACCCAUAGAUCGAGUGUGUUGGAGGUGGAGGAAGAGGAGGAGAUGCCUCCGGCUCCUCCACGAACACUUACCUCUCUCACGGCGCCCACGGUGGUCACCACGCCCACCACGCCCACCUCGCCGCCCAGGACCAUCACCAUUGUCACGCUCGACCCAAAUAACGUGGCGGUCGAGACCACAACCACAGGUCCAGGGAAGGAGAGGAAGAUCAGUGCGCCGUCCCCCCUGCGUCACAGACCCCUCUCCGUGCCUCACAUCGUGCCCAGGACCAGCAAGCUCAUGAGGGCCUCCGGUUCUAACCCCUCCCUCUCCUCCUCUUCCUCCUCGCCUACCUCCACGCCCGCCACCACGCCCACGCCCCUGCCUACCUCCACUCCAGCCACCACGCCCACACCGUUACCCUCGGCGCCACCAUUCCCCUCCCAUUUCCCCCCUAGUUCCUCCCCCUCCCCUUCCUUCGUGCCGACCAGUCUCCCCGCCAGUCCUAGCCCCAGCAGUAGCUCUCAGCAGCAACAGCCCAUGUCCCCGCUAGGAGGCCCGCCCACCACCACGGCGCCGCCCCCACCCGUGACGGUCAUCACUUACACGCCCGUGAUGACCUCCGAUGACAUGACCUCCAGCCCGGAGCCUGUCACCACCACCACCACCACGACCACCACCGUCACCCCGCGACCCCGCACCAUCCUGCCCUCCCACUCCACCCUAAUGCCCCCCACGCCCGCCACCACGCCCUCUCCCUCCUCCCCCUCCUCCAUCACCUCCUCCACCUCCUGCUCGUCCUCCGGGUCAGCCUCUACCACCAGCAGUGGAGGCCUGGAGGUAGACAGGAGAGCCAGCGGGACCAGCCAUACUGGGGACCUGGAGGACAUCCACGAGGAGCCUCCCUACGAGAACACCACACUACCUCCCCCAGUGUGUCCGGCGUCAGCGAGGAAGUCAGCCACUGACUCCGACCUGCCCAACUUCCCGGCGCCGUCAGCUCCUUCUUUACCGACUAUUAUCAAGUCCUGGUCGGCUGACAGAAGCAUGAACGUGGCGGAGGGUCUGGAGGGUGAGGAGGCCCACACUGCCUACGAGAACCUUCACAUGGACUACUUGGCGACGCUGACGCAGGAAGGUUUCGCCCAGGACGCCGUCAUCCGAGCCCUCGUCAUCACCAGAAACGACAUAGCGAUGGCUAGGGACAUCCUCAGGGAGUUCGCCUCCAAGAGAAGCUAAAGGGACGCUCCAGCCUGUGCCCCUCACACUCGGAGGUUUACAAUGCCAAUAGAUAAUCAACGCCCCUCUCUCCCCACACUCUCUAUGUUAAGUUAUUUAUAUACAGAGCUGUGCCACAAAUGCGUUUUUAAGGACAUUGGGAGAACUGGGCAGGGGAGGACACGGGGAGGUGGACAGUGUGGGAGAAGUGCCAAAGUUUGCGCCUCGGUGUGCCGGAGCAACUGUGGGAAUCACCAUUGUGUGUUCUUAUCUGUAUAUUUGGUAAGGUCUCUCUCUAGUUUACAAGAGGUUUCAUCCCCCCUCGAAAAAAUAAAAAUGAUUAAAACCUCAACUUUGGUGCUCCUCUGAAGGCCAUUGUUUAUGUAUAUUUAUUGAAGACUCGGGACCGUCAGAUGACCUACUGUACGGUAGGCCGCCGCGACACACGUCCAAGUCGACAAAAGCCGGGGGGACUUUUUUUAGUGUUCCUGACAGUAUUAUCGGAAGCGUUAUGCUGAGACUCCAGUGUCACUGUACAGUAUUUAUCUUUGGUUCUAAACAAUUCAAAGAUGUACAAUAUAUUAUUACUAUAUCUUGGACGAGAGAGGGCGUCCCCAGCGAGACUCAGUGCUCACACCAAACUCCAUUAAUCAAGUGUUCUCGCCCUGGGCUGGACGCCGUGACAUGUGCCAAAGUGAAAGCUGCCAUAUGGUGGUUCCUUAGUGCCAACUAUACCUUGCAGUGGUCGAGUAAAAUUUUCUACAGGUCUUUGAAUGGUCAAGUGGUGAGACUUAGUGCGACCGUUGUUGUGCCUGCAAGAGUGUGUAAGGGCAUGCGUGUAGGCGGCGAGGGGGUUUAGGAUGUGCAAUAAUCUCACGCCCUCAUCGUCUGGCUGUUGCACCCAAGUUUGUGUGUGACCAGAUCAUCACUGAGGUCUCCAUGGCGCUGGUUCCUAAGUACACAAGACAUUAACAUUUUUUUUUGUAGAGAAGAAUCAUUAAACGUUGAAGUAA